AAAGGAUCUUCUUUAAGAAGUAAUUUUUAGAAGUGAAAUCAAACAGCUACAUUCGACUUAGAAAACCUCUGCCCCAACAACCGAGAGGCAUCAAUCGACACAGUCACACAGUGUUCUCCGUUUUUCAUCCAUACUCAGCUAUUCUUAAUCGUGUUCAGGCAAAAUGAAGAAGUAUGGUCUGCAACUUAGAGUUCAACCAUCACAGCAGAAGAAGCAGCCAAAAAGACCUCCUCUUGCCCCUCCUCCUGGCUUCAAUGAUGAUGAUGAUGAUGAUGUUGAAAAGGAGAUUGCUCGUCAUGCCACCAGGAAUAAGUCUCUAAAGGAUAUUGAAGAACAGCAGAAGAAAGCUUUGGAGGAAGACCCUUCAAUAUUUGACUAUGAUGGUGUAUAUGAUUCAAUGAAAGAGAAGAUUGCCCGACCUCGUGAAGAAGAUUGCAAAGAGAGAAAGUCUAAAUAUAUUCAAGUACUGAUGGAGAAAGCUAAAGAACGUGAAAGAGAGCAUGAGAUAAUUUAUGAGAGAAAACUUGUUAAAGAGAGAAGCAAAGACGAUCACCUAUAUUCAGACAAGGAUAAAUUUGUUACAAGUGCAUACAAGAGAAAACUUGCGGAACAAGCUAAAUGGUUGGAGGAAGAACGGUUGCGUGAACUUCGCGAGGAAAAAGAGGAUGUUACCAAGAAGAAAGACAUGACUGAUUUCUACUUCAACCUUUCAAACAAUGUUGCUUUUGGUGCCAAAACUGCUGAAUCAAGAAAUCCAGAGAAGCAAGAAGAAAAAGGGACUGCUGAUAUCUCAGAGAGAGUACUCCCAAAAACCAACUUGCCAACAAAAACUGCUGACUUAGCAAGGCAGAAAGAGCAGUAUCAUGCUGAGACGUCUCACUCUGAGAAGUUGGAAUCUUCAGACAGGAUACCAGAGACAGAUACUAUCCCAAAAGAAAAUAUUGUAGCUGAACAAUCAUUAGCUGAUGAACCAAAACGGGACCAUCAUAAAAGAAGUGAAGAUGCAUUGGCUGCAGCUAAAGAGCGGUUUUUGGCGCGUAAGAGAGCAAAAGAACAAUAAGUAAGAUGCUAUACCAGUCUCUUUCUUUUAUCUGUUGUAGCAUGUCAUGAAUGAUAUAUUAAAAAGAUAUGAAAAAGAUCUUCUUUGCUAACUUCUUGGUUGGGCUCUCAAAGUAUGUUUUUUGUUUUUUUUUUCUCUGGAUCUAGUUGUUAGAGAUGUUUGGACACAUUUUUCUUACCAAAAUAAUGAUAAUAUUAAUUGUUUGAGGCCAAUAUUGGGAAACCA